UUGCAUGGGAUGAUGUGGAUCUUGCAAAGGAGGGAAAAGCGCGGGCAUCUUGUAUUGUUACCAAAAGGUUGCAUUGUUUUCUCCAUAAAUCCACAUUUGGAUACGGGGACACAAUUCCCGUAGGUCUUGAUGCAGUCUACCAGAUCCGUGUCUUCUAAUCCCUUGAGUUGCGAGAAUGAGCCAGUCCGCAGGACCAAGUGUCGAUUUUCCUUCACGCACCCGGUACUACCGAUGCCACCGGCAAGCACGUGGGCAGUUUAUAAACGCUUUCUAUCCGCAACCGGGCGGCCAUACGUUCACAUGUCGACGGGAAAUAUACCCAAGAGAGCCCAGGGAAGUGAAGUAAAUGGGGAUGGCACACACAUCGACCAACAUCUCUGGUGUUGGGCGCGGUGCGAUCACGAGCGCGUCUGUCCCCAGCACGGUCAGGCAUCAAGGCAACCUCCAACCCCCCCAUCUUUAUUGAUAUUCGGAGUGUUGUUAUUGUUGUUGUUGUUGGUUCUCGACGGGUUCUGCACACUGGCCGCGCGAUCAGGUCGCGGACCACCCCCCCCCCCCCCCCCCGCCCUCUCAUCCCUCCUCGGGGCCUUCCCCUCUGUUUCGUCUCCUGCUUGUGUUGGAUCUGAGAGCAUAUAUAUCGUGUGUCAAAGGGGAGGGGCGUUCUUCCCCGACCUUUGUUCUUGGGUCCGGCCAGGGAGAGAGGGGGGUGGGGGGUCACGCUGUUGUUCUUAUUGUUGGCUGAUGCAUAGAGGCGUUGUUCUCGGUCUGGAAGAGGGACAAAGAGAGGGGGUUGUUCUGUGGUGUCGUCCAUCCUCGAAGAAGGAAAAGAAAAGCGUCAUGACAGGGAAAAGGUUAUGAUAUCUUUGUGGCAAAUCUAGCAUGUGGCACGUUUCGGUACGUGUCGAGUGAAGGUG